CUAUCUAUCUAUCUUAUAGGUGUACCCCUGUGCUGGUGGACCGCGCAUGCGCUCUGAAAGGACGCGUCUCCUUCCAGCGUGAGCAGAGAGCAGGAUGGAUGCGCUGCGUUUACAGACGACAGACGACUAGUUUUCCAAAUCAUUCCAGCUCGAAAUGGGGAAAGGCUGUAAAGUUGUUGUUUGUGGUCAGGCAGCAGUUGGGAAAACUGCCAUUCUGGAGCAGCUCCUGUAUGGAAAUCACUCAGUGGGCUCAGAGUCCAACGAGACGCAGGAGGACGUGUACGUGGCCUCGGUGGAAACUGAUCGAGGUGUGAAGGAACAGCUGAGGCUCUAUGACACCAAGGGACUCCACGACGGACAAGAUCUCCCCAAACACUACUACUCCGUGGCAGACGGCUUCGUGCUCGUUUACAGCGUCGACAGCUUGGAGUCUUUCAAGAGGGUGGACGUUCUGAAGAAGGAAAUAGACAAAUCUAGAGAUAAAAAAGAGGUGAUGGUCAUAGUGCUGGGGAAUAAAACGGACCUGCGGGAGCGUCGCCAGGUGGACCAGGAUGCGGCCCAGCAGUGGGCGCGAGGUGAGAAGGUGAAGCUGUGGGAAGUGAGCGUCGCCGAACGCAACUCGCUCAUCGAACCCUUCACCCAGCUCACCAGCCGCCUCACGCAGCCUCAGAGCAAGUCUUCCUUCCCCUUACCUGGACGCAAGAGCAAAGGAACCCCAGCCAAUGACAUCUGAAACCCUCCCCCCGAAACACUCGUCCCUGCUCCCAGCAGCAGGGCUGCAUUCACCUCACGUAGGAAUAACCACCAGGACAUCUAGUCAUUCGAGUGGACAUUUGGCCAACGUUUGCAUUUAUCUGGAGACUCAUCUUUGGACAGUGUCCAGAGCUGCCCCUUAAACACAUGUAGCGGUCAGCGGGACAUGAUGCACAUCGACGUGCUCGCUCGCUGCAAAUAACAUUUGUUUUUAGUUCAGAGUGAAUGUGUGAAAAGGCGUUUAUACUUCCCGAGACUCUUAUGUCUGCGUGUUUAGUACAAACCUGGAGUGAGGAUGUGGUUGGCGUCUCUUGGCGUAAAGACAGGAAGCAGCUAGCCUGGCUCUGUCCAAGGUUCAACCCCACGUAGCAGCACAUGCAAAGCCUGAAGACGUGUUGUUAAGCGUAGAGAUGUAAUGAUUGACUGACUGCAGAUUGACACACGUAGUAUCUGCCAACCCAAGGUGGUGGACUGCAACAUAGUCAGAGAGGACAGGGUUUGCUGUGUCCACUGGCCCAAACCUGGCAGCCUCUCUGAGACCAGACUGCAGGAGACUGCACCCAGCUGCGGUGCCACUAGACGACUGUUUAGUGACUGUGCUGUUUACUCAAGUCAUCUCCCUAAAGGUUGCCAGGUUACCUGUUGUACAGCUUGCAUCUGGCAACCCAAGUAAAUGAAGUCCCGUUGAUGUUGUCUGUUGUUUUCUGUGAAAGACUUCCUGAAUCCUUGCAGGGAUCCAACAGUCAACGUGUGACAGGAGCUUUAAAAGGUGUUGGUUGGCAAAUGUGUAAGUUUGAAGAGAAGCGGGUUAUCUGCCUCUGCCUGCUUUCGGUCUUUAUGCUAAGCUAGGCUAACAAGGCCAGACGUGAGACUCAGAUUUCUAAGGAAUUUGAACAAAAUGACGACACGUAUAUGUGGUUCAUUCACCAAUUCCCCAGCCAGUCACUGAAAGCAGUGUGUGGUCAAUCAUGUUUGCAUUUGAAGAUCAAUUUUUAAACAAAUGUAUGUAUCAUGGACAAGCUAUGUAAUACCAAAGAGACAAGCCAAACACCAGUGGGUGAUUUACAGGGAAUGGUCACUGUUCUGUUCACUUGAAUCGAGUCAGAAGACCAGUCUCAGCUCUUCCUAUCAAUCAUGUGUUAUUAUUACUCACUUCUAGCAGCAGAGUUCCUUCUGAAGAAUUCAUAUUACACGAAGCUUGAACCUGUCCCGUUAUUUCCCAUCUGACGUGAACGCAGCAUUCCUUUGUGUCCUCUUGCAGGACUCCGCCUCAGUCCAGUCCGUCUCAUAUAUUAAGUACGGCCUGGCAGCAAUAAUAAUAAUAAUAUUCACGGUACUGUCUUUACUUGUGAUGUAUGGUUUCAUUAGAGCUGUCCGGUGGUAGUUGCACUCCUGCGUGUUGUCCAGCCUGUGUAAUCCAGUAGGGCUGCUAGCUAAAGCCGUUUACCAGAGUUUACCGGUAGAAAUGUCAGUGUUGAGGAGAUAUUUAUUUUUUAACUAAUUUAUUUUUGUCACUUUAAUGAGCCACAUUCCUUGACUUGUGAAAAUGGUGACCGGGUGAGUGCUAAUCUACGCCGUUUUCUGUGUCGUCAAUGUUUCAACCAUGGGAAGUUUUAAUGUGCUGCUAGUGGAACAGACGCAGUGUUCUAUCCCUAAAUUAUUCUCCGCUCUGUAACCGUGUUAAGAUGCACUGAGUAAAGUAUGUAGCCUCUUCAUAUUAAAGUGGGACGCUUCA